ACAUAGAUACACUCAUAUUAUAUAUAUAAAUACACUUACACAUAUCGAAACCUAGAGAGAGAGAUAGAGAGAGAGAGAGAGAGAGAGAGAGAGAGAGUGAGAGACAAGAUGAUGAUGAAACAGCAGAAGGUGAUUUUGGAAGAUAAUUUGAGUUCUGCAUCGAGUGAUCUUUAUGCAAAUACUGUUAAUUGUUGUUCAGAGAAUAAAGGUCAAGAAAAUGGAAGCAAUUAUCAUCCAAAUCAACAGCAGUACUUUGCACAUCCACCUCCAAGUCAAAGUCAACCACUACUCAAGAAAAAAAGAAGUCUUCCAGGCAACCCAGAUCCAGAAGCAGAAGUGAUAUCUUUAUCACCGAAGACAUUAAUGGCGACGAAUCGAUUUGUGUGCGAGAUAUGUAACAAAGGGUUUCAAAGAGAUCAGAAUCUACAACUUCACAGAAGAGGACACAAUCUGCCAUGGAAGUUGAAGCAGAGGAACAAGAAUGAAGUUGUGAGGAAGAAAGUGUAUGUGUGUCCAGAAGUGAAUUGUGUGCACCAUGAACCAUCUAGGGCUCUAGGCGAUUUGACUGGAAUCAAGAAACACUUUAGCAGAAAACAUGGUGAAAAGAAGUGGAAAUGUGAUAAAUGUUCAAAGAGGUACGCAGUUCAAUCCGAUUGGAAAGCUCAUUCCAAGACUUGUGGCACCAGAGAGUACAGAUGCGACUGUGGUACCCUUUUUUCUAGGAGGGAUAGUUUCAUCACACAUAGAGCUUUCUGUGAUGCACUAGCAGAAGAAAGUGCACGAGCAAUCACCGGAAUAGAUCCAUCCAUUCCGGGUCAAUUCCCGACCCGAUUCAACGAUCUUCAUCUUCUUAACCCGAUUCACAACACCUUUUUGAAAAAAGAAGAACACCCAUUUCCAUGGCUCCAAACCCAAACCCAAUCCCAAUCCCAAUCCCAAUCCCAAGAAAAAGAUUGUAGCCCUAGCAGUACUAGUCAUGGUGGCAGUGGGCCCAACCUGACAGCCUACCAUCCAGCACCAUCUGCGUACAUGUCAGCUACUGCGUUGCUGCAAAAAGCAGCUCAGAUGGGUACAAGUCACCUAAGCAGCAGGAGUACAAGUAUACAAGCUCAAUGUACAACCUCUACAACAAUCUUGAAACCCCACCACCACCAACACCAGCAAUACCGAGCUCACGUGUCUACUAACUCUGCAACUAUUGGUAACAACAAUGGUUGUACAAGUGCUUCAACUGGACUACUUAUGUCUUCCCUUGACCCUGAAGAGAUGAUGGCGUUAGCUUCUUUCGGAAAUGUUAAAGAUGGUGCAUGUGCAGGUGGACCCUCACCCUCACCUUCACAUUCACCUUCACCUUCACCCCACCCAACCCCACCUCUACCCCUACCCCUACCCCAUCAUCCUCAUACAUCACCUGCUUUUCUUCAUCCCAUGAACAUGAGCAUGAAUAUGAGCAUGAGCAUGAUGAUGAAUCCAGACGGAUUUGCGGAUGUGUCGACGUUUGAGGAUGCAUUUAGUCAAAUCUUGGAUGCAAAGAAAGAAGAUCAUGAUCAUGAUCGUAAUUUGCAUGGAGAUCUUGUUGAAAGUCGUCCUUCGAAUUCAACCAAACUGCAUCAUGGUCAAAUGAUGGCGAUGAAAGAUUCAAAGAGUAAUGGCAAUGGUGGUAAUAUUGGAGGUGGAGUUAUGGGCAAUGAGGGGAUGACAAGAGAUUUUUUGGGGCUGAAACCUCCCUCCCAUGGCCAUGGUGGUAUUCUUAAGCAUCAACCAAACCCCUAA